AUGUCUAACUGGCAGUCAUCAUUCGACGGCCAGUCCAACGCAUAUGUAUUCUCUGAUGCAUCAAUGUCGAGACAACAAGUUCUGCAACCCAUCCACGAGACGACCUUCACCAAUGACAACAUUGCUGAAUACUCACCAGACGACUAUGUCAACUUCAUCGAGACUUCAGACAAUGCCCAACCCCCUUUCCCAGCCCCAUCACCACCCCCAACUGCAACUAACACCGAACAACCAAGCAGCUUCAAUCCUCAUUUCGUUGGUGACGUUCCAAUGUUGCGCUCAGAUUCUCAAAUGUACCCCAUCCUCUCUGAAGAUGGGACUAUUUCUUUUCCAUCCGAUGUCAAUCUUGUACAGAAGAAUAUCAGCGGUCACGCUGAUAAUCUUCCUUUCCUAUCUGCUUCUACCGGUUUCACUGGCCUGCCCAGUGAAACUUCGUUUCUUUCGCCUGUUGCAAAUGUUUCUUCUGCAAGUGUUCAUGCACUUGCUGCACAACGUCAAGAGAGUGAGCCGUGCCUGGUGGAGGAUAUGCGGAGGUCGGCUUCAGAAUCAUCAAUGUCGGCGAAUGAGAGCGACGCCAGCUACGCUUCUGCGCCUCGCACUCACAACCGCCAUGUUCGCCGCGAGCGCGAAAUCAUCGCGCAAGCCGGCAGCUGCAGGAUCGCGCCCAAGGCCGUUCCCAGCGCUCCCCAGACGAGGUCUGCAUCACCCAAUGCUCAAAUGAUGCGGAUCGAGUCUGAAGACGGCACCUCGCGACACGUCGGCGUCAUCAGCAAAGCGCCGUAUGUACGUCCCCAACAUCCCAAGAUCCUGUGCCCCCACUGCAGCGAGCGCCCCGAGGGCUUCCGCGGCACGCACGAGCUCGACCGCCACGUUGCGCGCGCUCACACCGCCGUCCGCAAGGGCUACAUCUGCGUGGCGCCCGCCUUCGACAAGAACUUCCUCAGCGGCUGCAAGCACUGCCGCAACAAGAAGGUCUACGGCGCCUACUACAACGCCGCUGCGCAUCUGCGCCGUGCCCAUUUCCACCCGCGUAAGCGCGGCCGGAAGGGCAAGAACGACGAGAAGCGCGGCGGUAUCGGCGGCGGCGACGACCCGCCCAUGGACUACCUCAAGCAGCACUGGAUCCGCGAGAUGGAGGUCGAGAACAAGAUGAAGAGUCGCAAGGACAGCCACGCAUCUGCAUCGCCGGCGAGCUCGUCAGACAGCGCGCCCGAGCACGACGCCGACGCCGCGUACGACAUGGAGCUCGCGUACCCCCCGCUGCAGACCGACGUUUCCAUCGCGUCGAUAGAACCCAGCCCGUACGUCGACUUCGCGGCGUACAACGGCGUGGACAUGAACUUGAACGAAGCGUCUGCCGCAUCGCUGUACAACGCGCAGUUGAUGUAUGCGGCGCAGGCACAGCAACAGAGUAGUGACGACUUUGACUUCGACGCGUAUAGAACCUAG